UGUUGUGAAUUUUGUUUUCUUUUUUCCCGGACUUGUUUUACUCAGCUGCUGGUAAAGGCGAACUGAAGUCCGGUGUGAGUCGUCACCGAACGGGUGGAGCAGCUCCGUUUCUUUGUUUUGCGCUACUUUUGAAUUCAUAUAAAUAUUUGUUUUCGUACAUUUUGAUCGGAUGUCAAAAACGCCAGUUUCUUAACAUGGAAGAAAUAUGUGGGGAAUCUCGGAUGGAGAACUGCGAGGCAUUUCUGGAAGGCAAAAGGCACAACAGUGAGCACUCUUCAUGUAGUGUGUCAGAAUACAAUGAUUUGGAAGCUGCAGAAGCUCUGGUCUACAUGAGUUUCUGGAGUCAGAUGUCUCCAAAACCCAAUGCCUUCAAACCUCGCCCUCUCACCCCGGCUUCAGACUCCUGCGAUUCUCUCCUGCAAGCCGAACCACCAGAGACCCCAAAGGACUUUGUCUCACUCUCCUCACUGUGUAUGACCCCACCACACAGUCCCAGCUUUGCUGAGACCUCCAACAUUACAGCAGCGCCAGCCUCCCCCUCCCCGUUGGCCCGACCCUGCCCCAGCCUCCCCCACUCCAUUAAUCAGAUGCAAACCACAGAGAAAAGUACAUCUUCACCCUGCAGAGCCAUGGCAACCAGCGUAAUACGUCACACAGCUGACAGCUCCCUCUACCAAAACAUUCCACAAGUUGCCCACCCUACAAAGACUGAGAAACAGCUGCAGAAACAACCUGAGGUUCCUUCAGCAAGUUUACCCCACCAACCUCACACAGAAACCACAACAGCAGGCUCAUGCCCCUCUAAAUAUGAUAAACUCAACCCAACAUCUCCACAGUUGCCACCCCUGACCCCUAGUCCACCAAUUAUAUGCCAGAUGUUCCCUGUGGCCCAACCAGGAGUCAUCUCAGCCACAUUUAUUCAGAGCCAAGCUCAGAAGCCAAGCCCUGGAGUGAAAUCCAUCUUACCACAGCCUCUCUUGAUGGGCUCUCCAGUGCCUCAGGGGACAGUGAUGUUCGUGAUGCCCCAGUCACCAGUGUCUUCGGCACCACAGUGCCCACAGACUGUUAUGACCCUGGGCAACACCAAGCUCCUGCCUCUGGCUCCCGCACCUGUUUACAUGCCCUCAGGGCAGAGCAGUGCCACGCAGGUUGACUUUUCCCGCAGACGCAACUAUGUCUGCAAUUUUCCAGGCUGUCGGAAGACCUAUUUCAAGAGCUCUCACCUAAAGGCACAUCUCAGAACUCACACAGGGGAGAAACCUUUCAGCUGUAACUGGGAAGGCUGCGAUAAGAAAUUUGCUCGCUCUGAUGAGCUGUCCCGCCACCGGCGAACGCACACGGGUGAAAAGAAGUUUGUCUGCCCAGUGUGUGACCGGCGGUUUAUGCGCAGUGACCACCUCACCAAGCAUGCACGCCGGCACAUGACCACCAAGAAAAUCCCUUCCUGGCAAACAGAGGUGCGUAAUCUCAACAAGAUCACCGCAGCCAAGACCUUGGCCCCUGGCACAGCACUACCAAUCAGCAUGUUGCUUCCAGGUUCAAACUGAAUCUGUUUGAGACUGAACUCUCACUGACAUUAUGCAGGGACUCAUUAUAUGAGGCUGCUGGUUUUCUCAUGGGCAAAAAUGUGAUUAUGCACUGGACUCCUUUCUUCUUCGAUGCACAUAUUUUGCACUCAGAAAUUGAACAUUUUGUUUACUAUUGUGUAAAAGAAAUAUGCACUCUUUUGCCAAAGUCUUUGUACUAUGUUUGUCUUAAGAUUUCAUCCUUUUUCUUCUUUUUUUGUAUAUGUUUAUGUACAUAUAUAGUGGAAGUGUCUGAUGUAUGCUAAACUACAUUCAAUAUAAUUAGAAAAAGGAGACUUAAUAUGUAAAAAUCUAUAUGUGGAUAGUUAUCUGCACUUUGAUUAUCAUAUAAUACCCUUUUAUUUAAUACUCUUUUUUUAAUUUUUAUUAAACAAUGGAGAAUACA